GCAUGCAACCCUGUACGUUUUGCUUUUGCUUGGGUAAUUAAAAGGCAAUCGCUAAUUGCUAGUUCAAUUAAGCAGCAAUAUGAAGAGUGAAAAAAUUACUUCGCCAAAAGCUAAAAGGAAGCGACUAGCCUGGACUGAAGGUGCCGAGCUGGCCAUACUGGAAUUGUGGGCAGAGCACGUAGUCGAGCUCCGUGGAGUACGUAAAAAUAUGCAUAUUUAUGAGAGAAUAUCAGAAGAAUUAGUUAAGUUGGGCUACAUAUAUAAUGCGCGGGAGGUGCAAGUGAAAUUGGCCAAUUUUUCACAGCGUUAUCGCACCGAGAAAGCUAAUAUGUUAGAAUCUGGUGAAACAACAUCUUCUUGGCCACAUUAUGGACGUGUACACCAAAUAAUUGGACGUUUCAAAGUAAACUCGUUUUACGAUUCAACACUGGAAACCAUCCAAGCGGAAUCAUCUGGUACAUCACGCCUAUCACCAUUUGUACCGCCAUCCCCACAUGCAGCACCUGUCCCUUCUCCGCCGGCAUCCCCACAUGCAUCACCUGUCCCUUCUCCGCCGGCAUCUCCGCGUGCAAGCACUUCUACGCCAGUAACCGUGCCCAAUAAGAAGACGAAAGGCGUGAGCCAAUUCCAAUUGAAAGUGCUGGACAAAUUCGAGGAACUGUCAGCGGAGAUAACACAGUAUUUAAGGCAUACCGAAGAAAAUGAAAGGCAACUAAUUGAAAUUGAACGACAAAAGGCGGAGUCACUGAAAAAAUUUAAUGAAGUUAACAGAGAGUUUAAAGACGCUAUCUUAAAGUUUCUACAGAAAGAAUAGAAGUGUAUUAUUAAAUUUCUUUGUUAAUAUUAAAGAGUCAGAUUUAUAGUAUGCUAAGUAUUGAUUUUUUAUGGUAUAAAGAGAUACGUUGGUCAGAACAAAUUA